UCGCGCUUGACAACCAGCGAGCGCCGCAGACAACAAGAGCUGCUCGCGCUACGACCAACGGAACAAAUACAUCACAUCGUCUGUCAAACACUCUCAACACGUCCGCAGAGGAUUUCUGCACUUCGCGUAUAUGUAGAGAUCACCAGACAGCUUGCCACCAUGACGGCUGAGGAGAUCAUAAACGUGAAGGAAGUGGAGAUCAUUAAGGUGAUGCUGGACUUUCUGAACUCGCGUAAGCUGCACAUAAGCAUGCUAGCCCUGGAGAAGGAGAGCGGGGUCAUCAAUGGCCUUUAUUCCGAUGACAUGCUUUUUCUCAGGCAGCUCAUUCUAGAUGGACAGUGGGAUGAAGUGCUGCAGUUCAUUCAGCCGCUCGAAAGUCUGGAUAAAUUUGACAGAAAGAGGUUCCGCUACAUUGUUCUGAAGCAAAAGUUUCUAGAAGCUUUGUGUGUAAAUAAUGCCAUGUCUGCUGAAGAUGAGCCACAGCACUUGGAGCUGACCAUGCAGGAGGCUGUGAAGUGUCUCCAUGCUCUGGAAGAGUUUUGUUCAUCUAAAGACGAUUACAGUAAGCUCUGUCUGCUCCUGACGCUGCCCCGCCUCACCAACCACUCUGAGUUUAAAGACUGGAACCCCAGCACGGCACGCGUCCAGUGUUUCGAGGAGGCCUGCGGUAUGGUGGCGGAGUUCAUCCCGGCAGAUCGUAAGCUGAGCGAGGCGGGGUUUCGCGCCAGCUCCAAUCGCCUCUCCCAGCUUUUGAUCAAAGGUGUCUUAUAUGAGUGUUGUGUAGAAUUCUGUCAGAGCAAAGCCACCGGAGAGGAGAUCACUGAGAGCGAGGUUCUUCUGGGUAUAGACAUGUUGUGUGGGAACGGCUGUGAUGACCUAGACCUCAGUAUGCUCUCUUGGCUCCAGAACCUGUCGCCCAACGUCUUCUCCUGCGCUUUUGAACAGAAGAUGCUCAGCAUCCACGUAGAUCGUCUUGCGAAACCUGCCAAGACCGGUUACGCCGACCUGCUCACUCCACUCAUCAGUAAGCUCUCCCCGUACCCCGCCUCUCCUCUGCGACGCCCGCAGUCCGCCGACACCUACAUGUCCCGCUCUCUAAACCCGGCGCUGGAUGGUUUGUCCUACGGCCUGUCUGGGCAGGACAAGAGAGGACCAGGUACAAACGGAGGGAAAACCUCGCCCAUGUCGCACUCGUUUGCUAACUUUCAGCACCUGAACCGUAGUGUGAUGAUGGACAAUUCAGGAUGUCACAGCAUCUUUGAGGAGUCACCUGAUAGCUCGAGAACUGAGACUCCAUCUGAUAAAAUGUUGAGCUCACCUGUUCCUCAAAACUCUCGCCCGGCAUCUGCCCCGGGUCAGGACGCCUCAGCACCAGGUUCUGCAGAGAAGAAUGAGCUGCGGGACUCCACAGAGCAGUUUCAGGAGUUUUACCGCCAGCGUCUACGUGUGCAACAGCAUCUAGAACAGAAGCAGCAGCAGAGGGAGCUCUACCAGCAGAUGUUACGGGAGGGCGGAGUCCAGCAGCACGAGGCCCCACCCACCGCUGAGCACAACCUCACAGAGACCUUCCUCUCCAGGUCUAUUCAAAGGCUGGAGGAGCUGAAUGUUGGAAUGGAUGAUUUGGGAGAAGAAGUGCAGAUUCUCUCUCAGCAAUGUAAUGGGGCCAGUAAUAACAACAGUGUAUCAGGAGAAGCUUCGGCCACACCACACACACAAGUAGAAGGUAGUGGAGCCAUUGACGUGGUCACCAGCACUCCACAGAGGUUAGCCGGAGAGACAGUCUUACCUCCCCCCAGCCAGUCACCUGUGCUGCCCCAGAGUUCUCAGAAGGACCCGACAGAACAGAAUAACAGCAGCUUGACCUGCUCUAAGGGCCCAGAGAAAGAGAAGUCUAAAGCCAGGUAUGUAAUGGUGAACACCCUGGAGGACACACAAGCGGUGCGUGCAGUGGCCUUCCACCCCACAGGAGCGUUAUAUGCUGUCGGCUCAAACUCUAAGACGCUGUCUGUGUGUGCCUACCCUGAUACACUGGAUACAAGCGGCUCGGGAGCAAGCAAUACUCCAGAAAUCCGCUUUAAGAGAAACAAGCAUCACAAAGGCUCCAUAUAUUGUGUGGCAUGGAGCCCCUGUGGUCAGUUACUGGCCACCGGAUCCAACGACAAAUACGUCAAAGUGCUGCCCUUCAACCCUGAAACAUGCAAUGCUACAGGUCCAGAUCUGGAGUUCAGCAUGCAUGAUGGGACUAUCAGAGACUUGGCGUUUAUGGAGGGUCCUGAAAGCGGAGGAGCCAUUUUAAUCAGCGCUGGUGCUGGAGACUGUAACAUCUACACAACGGACUGCCAAAGAGGACAGGGUCUGCACGCACUGAGUGGACACACGGGUCAUAUCCUUUCUCUCUACACGUGGGGGGGUUGGAUGAUCGCAUCUGGAUCUCAGGAUAAGACGGUGCGUUUUUGGGACCUGCGAGUACCCAGCUGUGUAAGAGUGGUAGGGACGGCCUUUCAUGGCUCAGGCAGCCCUGUGGCAUCAGUAGCGGUUGACCCGAGCGGACGUUUGCUGGCAACGGGGCAGGAGGACAGCUCCUGUAUGCUGUAUGACAUCAGAGGUGGACGCAUGGUUCAGACGUACCGGCCGCACUCCAGCGACGUCCGAUCGGUGCGCUUCUCACCCGAGGCCCAUUACCUGCUUACAGGAUCCUACGACAAUAAGGUCAUCGUCACUGACCUGCAAGGGGACCUGACGAAACCGCUGCCGUUGACUGUAGCUGGCGAGCAUUCUGAUAAAGUGAUCCAGUGCAGGUGGCACACACACCACCUCUCUUUCCUCUCAUCUUCUGCCGACCGCACAGUCACACUUUGGACACAGGCCACGUAGAGCCAGCACCAAAAACAAGGGCGACAACACACACACGCACACACUGCAGGAGUAUGUCUAUGGCAUUCUUUGAACAAAUCUCUGUGUGCUUGUUGUCUAUCUGUAACUUGUACUGUUUUUUUUUUCCUGGGCCCUGUGAUCAUCAAUGCAAGCUAUAUUUAGGUACAUAUUUUAGGUGUGUGUAUGUGUGUGCCUGCGAGUGUGUGCGUGUGUUAUGACCCUGAACUAUAUUGGGUUUGAUGUGUUAUAGUAUACUUGGCUAUACGUGUGCUCCCUGAGCCAUUUCAUGAAAUAACUCUUAUUAAACACUGCAUCAUUCAUCCAUUCAACUCAGAUACACAGACUCAACGAUGGCAUGUGAUCUGUACUGUGGCCUUUCUCAGAUUAUAGUGUCUGCAUCUACCCUGCAUAAACAUCCACUCUCUGCAGUUCACAGCACUUGUAUACCUGCGUGUUUAAAUCCAGCUUUUCUAAAUACUUCUUGAUGUUUAGCAUCCUGCUGUAUUUUUUAUUUAAGUUACUGCUUUGUAAUGUGUAACAUCCUAAUGCAAACCAUGUGAACUAAUGUUUGAGUGGCAGGUGCGACCAUGCUUGUGUUUGGAUAAAUAUGAACAUUAUUUUAUGAAUUGCUGCAAAUACUACAUCAAAGUUCAGCUGUUUGUGUGAGACAUCAAGGGAAGUCAGUGUAAAGUGGCUGGCCUUGAAGUGUUAUUUAAAAUGUUUUGUUUGACUCUCGCCCUAGUGAGAGCCUCUUACAGUGAUGGCAUGGAGCAAAGUGUUACAUUUUGAAUUAUAAUUUUAUGGAAGGAAUUUGUGAUUUUUGUGUAUCUGAUUCAGUAAUGCUUAAGUGUGUUGGGCAAUGGCACAUUGGUCUGUUAAACUUUUAGCACAAAACUUGGCGGUUGAUAUUUUAACCUCGCACUUUUUUGUUUCUUAUAGCCCUGUAUUUUGUUUAAAUUGCACAUUGUUAUGGUUUGUCCAUAUUGUAUAUUUUGUAACGUAGAUUAGAUUAUUUAAUCUCAUUCAUUUUUGUUAUUUAUGGUUGUUAAUUUUAAAACUGACAUUUAUGCUAAUGAACGGUCACUAAAAUCAUAAUACUGAAAUGUGUUGUCUGACUCUAUUCAUCGCAAAAGUGUUUAAAGGAAAUUUAUUUUAAAUGUUCCUGCAGAUAUGUCUAAAUAAAAGCUUUCAUCUCUA